AUCCCCAAAGACCCAGCGCAGAGGCGGGUCCGGGAACUUGCCAUGCUGAGCAAGCAGCUGCAGCAGGUUCACCCCAACGUCCUGGCCAAAGUGCUCAAGCAGGGAACCGUGUACCAGAACGAGGAGAUCGUGGUGAUCAACAAACCCUACGGCCUUCCUGUGCACGGUGGCCCUGGGAUCAAGAAUUGUAUUAGUGACGUGCUGCCAAUUUUGGCCAAGAUGUUGGAGAAUGCGAAAGCUGAACCCCUCCACCUCUGCCACCGGCUGGACAAAGAGACCACGGGUGUGAUGGUGCUGGCGCGGAGCAAGGAGGCAGCGGAGAGGAUCCGGCUUCUCUUCAAAACCCGUCAGGUGGAGAAGGUCUACUGGGCGAUUAGCCUGGGGGACCCAGACCCCGCCGAGGGCAUCGUGGAGAUCCCCAUCGUGGAGAAGGAGGUGCGGAGCCACCAGCCGCACUACAAGAUGACGCUGGCCCCCAACUAUCGCCUGUCUCCGGAGGACGGGGAGGUGGUGAAAAUCCGCAAGAACCGCAAUGCCGAAAGCGCCGUGACGCGGUACCGCCUUCUGGCUAGCGCUUCCGCCUGCUCUCUGCUGGAGCUCCAGCCCAUCACCGGGGUGAAGCACCAGCUCCGGGUUCACCUGGCCUAUGGGUUGGGGUGCCCCAUCCUGGGGGAUCACAAAUAUUCGCACUGGAGCAAGCUGGCGCCCCAGAAGCUUCCCAAAAUCACCUUGAAGAGGCUGAAGCUGGAGCAGAGCAAGGCUCGCCACCUCCCAAUCCACCUCCAUGCCCACCGCCUCUCCCUGCCCCUGGGCAAGCAGAUAGACCUCGUCUGCAAGCCGCCCCUCUUCUUCCAAAAGACUCUGAAGAAACUGGAGCUGGACAUCGCUAACGACUAA